AUGCAGUGCAUAGGGGAUAUCAGUGAAGAGGUCUGGCAAGACUGCAUCACCCUCUUCCUACAGACUGGGAUGUGCUGUGAUGCAGCAAUUAUCACCAAUUCCCCACCAUGGUUGCUAGCUUUUUACCCCGAAGGUAACUUGUUCCAGUUGACCCAGGAAGAAAUUCAGAUCUUGCUGGCAAGAGAGGGGAGAGAGAAAUUGUUUCAUCAGGGGAUCACACUUGCAGGGACAAAAUGCUUAUUGAUUCGGGACAACCUUUACACCGAGGGAAACAACACCAUGGACCUCCGCACCAAAGGCCAGAGUCAGGGCAGCCAGGCAGUCACUGUAGUUCAGAUUGAGUCCGUAUACCUUGUGGUGAUGGGACAAAAAGGAACAGAAGGAGGUCCUCUCAACCUUAAGGUUUUUGAGAUGGCAGGUUACAUCAAAGAGGCCAUUCAUCAACACAUGGCCCAUUUCUAA